AUGGCACAAGAACAAGAUACACCGCAGGCUCGUAGGCUUCCAGUGUGGGUUCUGGGACCUCGGGAAGAGAAGGAGGCACGUCAGAAUCUAAAGAAGUUUGCAUACAGUAAGUGCGAUGAAUAUGUUAAGGCUAUGGUGGAGUGCUCGAAAUUACAUGGAUUGAAGGUUUUUCCAGCUUGUGAACCCCAACGUGAUAAAAUGGCUGAAUGCAUUCUAUCGUACCAGGGUGAUAACUACUUGGAUCAGCAAAGAGAUAAGUUGGUCCAACGGAAGAUUGAAAAGCUUGAAGAGCAGCUUAAGCAACAGCAGCAAAAUGAGCUAAAAUGA